GGGACUGUGAUGGGGUCAGUAGAAAACGCACCGGUUAGCACCUCACCGCACCAAGCGGUUCCAAUGAGAAGAUGUAUUUGUGUAUUUGUGUUGCUUUUGGUGGGCAGGAAACGAGUCCACUUUGGAUUCAUUCUUUGUGGGUUGUUGUGGCUCUGCUGUGAGCUGUGAGAAGACUCCGAACCAAUGAACCAAUACCAGUAACCAAGUCUCUUUCAUUACUUUUUCGAGACCCAUUUGUCUCACAACCACUUCUAGGCUUACACUUCACCAUGUGCCAAACAACCGCGUUGAUGCAGUUCAUGCUGGAGAAUCAGUUCUCUCUGAAGGACUGUGAGUUGGUGCAAGACAAUGCCGUCGCUCCCAGUUCCAACGUCUCUCUUUCCAUGUCGCUCUCCAAUAACUCGUCCACCAUCAAUAAUAGUUCUAGUCGCCACAGCCAUCCGGGCCGACGACGAUCUUCUCGGUCCUCGCGUGUUGGACGACAACAACAACAACGACGACAACGACGAUCUUCCAGCGAGUUCGCCUCAUCAUCACAACAAGGAGAAGUCUCACGUGCUCAAUUGUGCCGGUGGCAAUCGUAUCCCUUGACACGCUCGACAUCACCCCCGCAAACACGGCUACCCCAACAAGCUCCUCUCCGACGUGCUGGAACAUACCCACCAUCCACACCCUCGUCUCCCUCCAUUACGCCUCCCCAACAACCCAAACGACGAGCCAGCAUCACCAGACCCCCCAUGGAGGAUCUCGACCUUAACAUGGCAACCUUUCUCAAACUGGCUGAAGAACUGCAAGAUGACGAUUCUAGUACCACCACUGCCAGUAGUAUCAGUACUGACGAUGACGACGAGUGAUUCUUACAUUCUUACAACAAGAAAGGGUCAAGUGGGGCUGGCAUAGCAAGAGAUAGAUGUCGUAGCUAGUCUAAGCAUGGGAUAGACACAGUUGCCAGAUUG